UGAAAACGUACGAAUCAGUCGGACAAAAAAAAUUGAAAAAUUGGAAUCGAAAUUUUUAGAAGUUGAAAAGCAGCGGGAAAAGCAAAAGGCCAUUGUUGCGUCGUCUACAGCCUGAGGGAUGAUAAGCACAUCCACAUACCUCCAGACGAGAGAUUCUACAAUGAAAACAAUUUACGCCAGCAGUUUUCAGGUCAAUCAUGCAGAUACUUAUUUUGAUAGUUGAAGAAAUACUAAUCUUCAGUACGAGUUGUGGUAGAUGUAUACUCCUGUAGUGCAGCUGGAAUUGCAUCAGUUGUAGAAGGUAGGAGUUCAGUUCUAUCCACAGCCAAAUUGUUGAAGGGCGCAAGCCCAUAAUUUUUGAAACAUGGCAGUGUCGAUUUCGUUCAAGGUGUCUGGCGGUGACACCUUUUCGUUGGACCUUGAGACCACACUUACGGUGGGAGAGGUAUUCUUAUGACUUCCUGCUCUUAUCAUGAAGACCCGUUGGACCUUGAAACCACGGUUACAGGAGGAGAGUCGGUCGAUGACAAUGAGGCAGUAUCUUUCCAGCCAACCCAGCAAACCUCUCGACACCUAGAAAACAAAAGCUACUUCUAGUACCCCGAACCCAGCAAUAUUAUCAUAAUAAAGUAGUGUACAGCACGUACACUGUACAGCGAAACUGUCGCAACUACUACUAAAAAACUAAUGAUGUUGCGACCACUACCACCACUAUUUAGGUAAAAGCGAAAUGUGCAGAGAAGACAUCGAUUGCUGCGGAGGGAAUGAAACUUAUCUACAAGGGAAGGAUAUUAAAGGACAAGGAUACCUUAGGCGACCACUCAGUAGAGAACGGACAUACAAUGCACAUUGUGAAGGGGGCUAGCGCUGCUAAUGCGCCAGCUCCAGCACCAGCGGCAACAGCAGGUGGAAAAAUUGUUAGUAUUUAAAGACAGAGGUCAGAUGCAUGCAUCUUAGUGCAGUCGUAACGCAUAGUGAUUUUUUUUGCUGCAUAGAAGGUUGUUCCAAAGCAGGUAGAUGACAUCCAGGAAGAGAUGAAGAGUGACUGAACAACCACAAACACUGGUUUAACAGGUACCACAACACCCGCAUCACCAAGCGUACCAGCUGCAGGCGGCAAUCCACUUGCUGCAGGAAUAGGAGGCGCAGCAGCAGGAGGUGCCGAUCCAAUGGCCCAGCUUAUGGGUCUUAUGGUACUGUUGAUUAUGGUUAUUACAAUUUCAUACUCUUGUAUUAACAUGUUUUGGUUUAUUCCCUCAGAACUAGAAGUAUGCGAUAUACAACAACUCAAUCCAUCAUCUUCUUUGGAUCAUCAUCUCUCUUGUUGAUCUUGUCCCGAACCUCCUUAGGGCGGUGCCGGUGGCGGUAUGCCCGGUGCUGCUGGAGGUAUGCCCGGAGCUGGAGGUAUGCCAGGUGGAUUUCCAGGUAUGGGCAUGGGAGGACCACCGAAUGCCGCAGCAGCCGCACAAAUGAUGCAGAAUCCCAUGGUUCAGCAAAUGAUGCAGCAGAUGGCACAGAACCCAGAAAUGAUGCAACAAAUGAUCAACAGCAAUCCAAUGUUACGGUGGUGGAGGAUGAAAAUUUACAUAAGAUUUGUAGGAAGCAUGUUGACCACCACGUUUAUUAGUGUCGAAGAUGUCCCGAACUACUUACAACAAAAGAUUUCCUUUUUUCUAGAUAUUUCCUCCACCUCUUCUUCCCCUUCUAAUCCUGCUCCAGCAGACCUCCCCUUCCAUCUUCCCCUUCUAAUUCCUCUCCAGCAGAUGGCUGCUCGAGACCCGAUGAUGCAGCAGGUGCUGUCAAAUCCACAGAUGAUGCAGCACGCGAUGACGAUGAUGUCGAAUCCACAAGCGAUGCAGCAGCUGAUGCAAUUGCAACAGGCAGUGGGAAACAUGCCUGGAGCAGGUGGAAUGCCAGGAGGCAUGGGCGGACCAGGUGGAAUGCCUGGAGGCAUGGCUGCCCUCGGAGGAGGAAUGCCAGCCCUAGGAGGAGGAGGAAUGCCAGGUACAACUGAAUAGUACUCCUAUGGACUUUAUUUAACUCCUGUGGACGAUAGCGAUAGGACUCCUGUGGCUAGAUAAGAACUCCUAAGUAUGCACUUGGAUCCAGAACAAUAAGUUUAUAAGUAGUUUGCUGGACUCAUUUUCUAUGUGCAACCGGAACUAAUCCUCUAGGAGCAACACCUGGAGCACCAGGUGCAGGAGGUCCAGACAUGGCAGCUAUGAUGCAGAUGCUUGGAGGCGGAGGUAGAACUAGAAUUUGUUGCAAGUAACUUUGUUACUUUGUUGAAACAACUUUGUUGCUAACUCGAGCCUGUUUCGUCCCGGACGGCGCGGCUUGGCCGGAGAGCCGCGGACCUUGAACCUUGAAACAACCUUUUCACUUCAUCAACAAGAGCAAUAGCUUUCUUUUUGACUUCCUCAACAAACUGAAAAGCACACAUGAUUACCAGGUAACGCACUAGACUAAGACACCUACGAUCUAGAAAAUUUCCUUAUUCUCUUCUCUAUAUUAUUGCCAGGUGGUUUGCCGGGAGGUUUGCCCGCCGCCGGUGCAGCGGCCACAGGGCCACCAGAAGAGCGAUUUGCAUCUCAAUUAGUUACGAGUAACUAAUGUCAAGCCGUCUCCUACACAGAACAGAAACUGUCUCUUUCAGCUGUCUUCAGGUAAGCACUUGAAAAAAGCACCUGAAAGGAAAAGAUUUUCUAAGAGAUGGGCUCUCCUUGUUCCUGCCUCUCUAAGCUAGAGCAAUUGCAAAACAUGGGCUUCCCGGAUAGGGCUAGCAACAUCCAGGCUCUAGUCCAAGCAAACGGCGAUGUGAACCAAGCUAUUAACUUCUUGCUUGGAGGCUGAACUGAGGAGGUGAUGAAGAUGUCUUCAGUUCGGGGACUCAUAGAUGACAUUAAUAUUAUGGCUUCCCCUAAUCCAUCUUCGGAAGCAUCGUAGAGACCUUUUCAAGGGGAAAACAGUCUCAGGAUGGACUUGAAGAUGGAUUAGGGUGAGCGCUAAUAAUAAAUAUGAUUCACUCUCCCUUUGCCUUUCCGGAUCGAUUUACUUCCUUGAAUAAACAAACUAUGAUUGCUCGCACCCACAGAUUACUGAGCGUAGUGGAUGAAAGUGUCGACGGGACUUCCAUUUUUUUGAUUUCAUUGAAAGUAAGCGACUAACACUAAGGUGACUAUGGUGACUAUGAUACAACAUUCUCAUUUUGAUCAACAGAAAACAAUGUGCAUAACAAAUGCAUGAAGAAGGGGAAGAAGAACACACAAUAGGCAUCACUGAGAAGACCAAGCAGCAUAAGUCAAGGGGAAUUAUAUACGACAACGACACAAUCGAGGACAGACUGAUAGGUCCUUUUCAAGCUUGGCCUACUUUUUGGAAGACGCAAACUGAUGUCGGCAGAUGUUAAGCUAUUAUCGAAUUAGAAUCGUCAAAUAUUCCACAUCUUCAACAAUUUUUUUCAUACGGAAGCAAGUAGGAGGACAGCCUCGAGGUCGCAUUCUCCUUAGGGCUCCUCUUCCAGACAAUGAAUGCUGGAACGUUUAUCCAGUGGAAAUGAUACAACUACAACAAGGGAAAAGAGAACAAAACAAAGAUUUCAAAAAUGACACCACGCCUAAAGCUAGAGUCGAUAUAUUGCAC